AUUUUUUCACAGGCUGUUACAUACCUGCACGAGAAUAAAGUCAUCCAUAGGGAUAUAAAGGGUAGUAAUAUUCUGCUAACAAGGGAAGGAGAAGUGAAAUUGUGUGAUUUUGGAUUAUCAAAGAAAAGGAAAAGCCACGAUGAAAAACUAUCCGCGAGUUUAGGGUCGCCUAGUUGGAUGGCACCUGAAGUGAUAAAUGCUAGCAAAGUAACAAACGAGGCUGGAGAUGGAUAUGACAGCAGGGCCGACGUUUGGUCAAUCGGAAUAACAGCCAUCGAGCUUGGAGACGGCAAAGCUCCUUUCGAAGAGAUGCAUCCUACAAGAGCUUUGUUUCAAAUAGUGACCAAUCCCCCUCCUACGCUGAAGAAAGUAUCGAAUUGGUCUGAAAAUUAUCACGAUUUCAUCAGCGAAUGUUUGGUGAAGAAUUAUGAUUAUCGACCCUACGUUAUGGAAAUUAUAGAACAUCCUUUUCUGGAACAAAUUCCUGAAAAUAAUUAUCACCUGUCUCUCGAAAUGAAGUCACUGGUAUCUGACAUGGGUAAAACGUAUCCAUCCGAAAGAAACCCAGAAAUGAACGUUCAUGGAAAAUUACUGAAAAAAGGUAUAGAUUUUGAUAUGGUACCCAUGUACGAAGAAGAUUUGGCAGCACUGGACAAUAUAAACGAACGGGACAUAUUGGAUCUACUGCAAAGGCGUUUCGAGAUGGGACAGUGUUACUCAUUCAUUGGUGAUAUUCUGUUGUCACUGAAUCCCAAUGAGAAAAUCAAUAUGUUCGGGAGGGAGUUUCAUUCGAAAUACCACUCGAAAUCAAGAUCCGAUAAUGCCCCCCACAUCUACCAAAUAGCAGAUACAGCAUAUCAAAAUGCUCAGCAUCAUAUGACGCCCCAACAAAUUGUUCUUUCCGGAGAAACCGGGUCAGGAAAAACAUCUAAUUAUCUUCAUUUGAUCGACCAUCUGUUUUUCUUGGGUGAGAACUCCAGCAUUGGUUCUGAGAGAAUGAAGAACGCUUUGAAACUAGCCCAUUCUCUCAUUCACGCGUCAACCCCUUUCAACCCCUACUCAACAAGGGCUGUUUUCAAGACAGACGUUUCGUAUGGAAAGACAGGAAAACUCACAUGUGUCAAUUUCAAGGCGCAUUGUUUAGAAAAGUGUAGGGUAUCCAGCAAAGAUUUGAAUCAGGGAAACUUCCACAUAUUUUAUUACCUCUAUGACGGAAUUGUAGCAGCUGGAAAACACAAAAGAUUCAAACUGAACUCCAAGAGAGCGUAUCGUUACCUAAGAGUUUCCGAUAACUCAAAAGAUAAAAAUCCCAAAGAAGAGAUCGAUAUCAAUGUUUACAAAUAUUCUAAAAUCGCCACUUACCUCAAUGAUCUGGAAUUCACGGAAGAACAAAUCUCCACGAUUCACUCAACUAUUGCAGCCAUCCUCAUUAUCGGAGAGGCAGAGUUUGCAGAAAAUGAAGAUCUGUCGGCAGUGUUGGUGAAUAGAGAGGUUGUUGACGAUUUUGCGGACUUGGUGAAAAUCGAAAACAAGAAAAUUCGUUGGGCUUUAACCAACUACUGUUUGUUGAAAGAUGGUGACGCCAUACGAAGAAGAAACUCCUGCAGGGAAGCCUGUGAAGCCAGAGAUGUUCUCGCGAAUACACUUUAUGCUAGACUAGUGGAUUAUGUUUUAGAAACUAUCAACGAUAAAAUGUCGUUUGGAAAGGCAAUAUU